CUGGCUCCCUGGCUGCGGCUCCUCAGUCGGCGGCGGCUGCUGCUGCCUGUGGCCCGGGCGGCUGGGAGAAGCGGAGUGUUGGUGAGUGACGCGGCGGAGGUGUAGUUUGACGCGGUGUGUUACGUGGGGGAGAGAAUAAAACUCCAGCGAGAUCCGGGCCGCGAACGAAAGCAGUGACGGAGGAGCUUGUACCACCGGUAACUAAAUGACCAUGGAAUCUGGAGCAGAGAACCAGCAGAGUGGAGAUGCAGCUGUAACAGAAGCUGAAAAUCAACAAAUGACAGUUCAAGCCCAGCCACAGAUUGCCACAUUAGCCCAGGUAUCUAUGCCAGCAGCUCAUGCAACAUCAUCUGCUCCCACCGUAACUUUAGUACAGCUGCCCAAUGGGCAGACAGUUCAAGUCCAUGGAGUUAUUCAGGCGGCCCAGCCAUCAGUUAUUCAGUCUCCACAAGUCCAGACAGUUCAGUCUUCCUGUAAGGACUUAAAAAGACUUUUCUCCGGAACUCAGAUUUCAACUAUUGCAGAAAGUGAAGAUUCACAGGAAUCAGUAGAUAGUGUAACUGAUUCCCAAAAACGAAGGGAAAUUCUUUCAAGGAGACCUUCCUACAGGAAAAUUUUGAAUGACUUAUCUUCUGAUGCACCAGGAGUGCCAAGGAUUGAAGAAGAGAAAUCUGAAGAGGAGACAUCAGCCCCUGCUAUCACCACUGUAACGGUGCCAACUCCAAUUUACCAAACCAGCAGUGGACAAUAUAUUGCCAUUACCCAGGGAGGAGCAAUACAACUGGCUAACAAUGGUACCGAUGGGGUACAGGGCCUGCAAACACUAACCAUGACCAAUGCCGCCGCCACUCAGCCGGGUACUACCAUUCUACAGUAUGCACAGACCACUGAUGGGCAGCAGAUCUUAGUGCCCAGCAACCAAGUUGUUGUUCAAGCUGCCUCUGGAGAUGUACAAACAUACCAGAUUCGCACAGCACCUACUAGUACCAUUGCCCCUGGAGUUGUUAUGGCAUCCUCCCCAGCACUUCCUACACAGCCAGCCGAAGAAGCAGCACGAAAAAGAGAGGUUCGUCUGAUGAAGAACAGGGAAGCAGCACGAGAAUGUCGUAGAAAGAAGAAAGAAUAUGUGAAAUGUUUAGAAAACAGAGUGGCAGUGCUUGAAAACCAAAACAAGACACUGAUUGAGGAGCUAAAAGCACUUAAAGACCUUUACUGCCACAAAUCAGAUUAAUUUGGGAUUUAAAUUUUCACCUGUUAUGGUAGAAAAUGGACUGGAUUGGACACAACCAGAAAGACAAAAUAAACAUUUUAUUUUCUAAACAUUUCUUUUUUUCUAUGCGCAAAACUGCCUGAAAGCAACUACAGAAUUUCAUUCAUUUGUGCUUUUGCAUUAAACUGUGAAUGUCCAACACCUGCCUCCACUUCUCCCCUCAAGAAACUUUCAGCACCAGGAAUCAUGAAGAGACUUCUGCUUUCCAACUCCCACCCUCCUCAAGAAGUAAUCAUUUGUUUACUUGUAAAUUGUUGGGGGAAAAUGAGGAAAAUGAAAUCUUUUUUAAAUGAUUUCAAGGUUUGUGCUGACCUCCUUGAUUGCCUUAGGGACAGAAUUACCCCAGCCUCUUGAGCUGAAGUAAUGUGUGGGCCGCAUGCAUAAAGUAAGUAAGGUGCAAUGAAGAAGUGUUGAUUGCCAAAUUGACAUGUUUUCACAUUUUCAUUGUGGAUUAUGUAAAAUUAUUAAAAGACACACCCUGUAAAAUAUAAUUUUAGUAUGAUGUUGAAGAAAUUAGGAAUGAAUUUGGAGAACUUUCUAUGUCUGUUCUUUUCUUUGGUACUAAAAACCUUCUGUAUUAACCACAGCUCUCCAUAGGGCAGUUGUUGCUUCUUAAUUCAGUUCUGUAUGUGUUCAUCAUUUUUGAAUACAUUAAAAGAAGUAACCAACUGAAUGAAAAAGCAUGGCAUUUGAAUUUAAAUUAAACUGUAGUAAGUAAAAGUACAAAGCUUAUUUUAGUUAUUACUAAAUCUUAGUAAAAAGAUACUGACUAGGGAACCAGCCCCUUGAGUUAUAUAACAAGGUUUUUAAAUAAAAGUUUUUGUCCUUGCCUUCAAAGAUAUUUAUAUUGUCACUCAUUUACUUAAAAGAUACUUCUAAUUUACUGUUGCCCUUUGCACUUAUAGUGUGCCACCAAUAGGAAAGCCUUUAAGAUAUUAAAUAAAGCAAAACAUUUGUUAUAGAAAAAUACCAAAUUUUAAAUCUUUUCCAUGUUAACGUAAUUUAACCAGAGAAUCUCUAGCAAAUUUUUUAAAUGAAAGAAUUUAUAAGGAUGUGGUUCUAGAAAGUACUGUGUUAGAUAUGCACAAGGAAAGUAAUUUCUGCAGACAUUUGAAUGUCUACUAUACUGCAAUACUUGGAUUGUCAUUCUUGCAAAACACUUUUGUUUUCUCCUAAAAAGGGUAGUUAAACCUUUCCAAAAUGCUAUCAAAGCCUUUGUCAUUUAUGAAGAAGCUACCUAGUUUAAUUGCUGACUAUAAUAGUCUGUGUUUAUGUUUAUCAUACAUUGUGUCCAAUGAUAUUUUUAAUUAUUAAUUACUCAUUUUAUUCACUAAGCCUGAUACAUGUAAAAGUUAUCCUUUAAAAGAAAAAUGAGA